AAACAACAACAACGCGGAAUUCCAACUACUUUUUGAAAAAUUAAACAAUGUCUUGUACCAUCGCUAUUCCAAACUCACCGGCGUUUUCGCCGGCGAGUAGGAUUCCGGUGACAAAUUCUCUUUUAUGUAGAUCGGCUUCAUUUUCUUCUUCGCCUUCUUCACCUUCUCGUAAAUCAUCUGAAACGCUAGCUUUAACGAAAUUUCCUUCAUGUACCUUUUCUUCUUUGUCUUCGUCGUCGCAAUUGAAAAUUCUUCGGAUUGAGAAGCCUUCAUCAGAACCGAGAAAUUCUUCUGAGUGUUCUACUUCUGCACCGAUUUCUACUUCUCCGACGGUUUUAAAGAGGAAGAGACCUGCCAGGUUGGAUAUUCCUGUCGUUUCAACCAACUUUGGGAAUUUUACGGUGACUCCGAUAGCAGCAGUGGAUUUCGUAGAGGCUGAGGGUGAUGAAUACUCUGUUUGUUGUAAACGUGGAAGGAGAGGUGCAAUGGAGGAUCGUUACUCUGCGCUUGUCAAUUUACAAGGAGAUUCCAAACAGGGUAUUUUUGGUGUAUUUGAUGGACAUGGAGGAGCUAAAGCUGCUGAGUUUGCAGCAGAGCAUUUGAAUAAGAACAUUAUGGAUGAAGUAGUAAGGCGGAAUGAUGAAAAUGUCGUGGAGGCGCUCAAAAACAGUUAUUUGAAGACAGAUACCGAAUUCCUUAGUGAAGAUUUUCAGGGUGGAUCGUGUUGCGUAACAGCAUUGAUCAGGAAUGGUAAUUUAGUGGUAUCUAAUGUUGGCGAUUGUCGUGCUGUUGUUAGCAGAGGUGGGAAUGCUGAAGCACUGACCUCAGAUCACAAGCCUUCAAGAAAAGACGAGAAAGACAGAAUUGAGACUUCGGGUGGCUAUGUUGAUUGUUCUAACGGUGUUUGGAGAAUCCAGGGAUCUCUUGCUGUAUCAAGAGGUAUAGGAGAUCGAUAUCUUAAACAAUGGGUAAUCGCAGAACCUGAGACAGAAGUCGUUGAACUUAAUCCUGAAUUAGAGUUCUUAGUCCUUGCAUCUGAUGGUUUAUGGGAUAAAGUCAGCAAUCAGGAAGUAGUAGAUGCUGCUAGACCUUUGUGCUGCACAGGCAUCAGUAAACCACAACCAUUGUUGGCAUCUAAAAAGCUUAUCGACCUUGCUAUUUCAAGAGGUUCUGUUGAUGAUAUAUGUGUGAUGAUAAUUCAACUGCAACAAUUUUGGUGAUUGUGUAGUCGUACUAGUGUGUGAUACGGAUACUAGAUGCCUAGAAACUGUUGAAUUGCUGGAUGAAAUUCAUUCUCGACAUUGAUGGAUUGAUACAUUUUACUUUUAAAAAGAUACCGGAAAUGUAUAGCUCUUUUAAUAUCUUACCUUGUAUAGCAAAUUGCUUCUAUGAUUAAAUAGUUUACUGAGAUCCAAACUGAGACGUGGGCGUUGAUGGGAAUAUGCACUCUCUAUAUGAAUUUCCCAGUUUUUGUUUCUGAUUCAAAAGAAAGUUUCUUGUUUCUCGUUUU